AUGCCUCCAAAGGAGAACUGGGAAAAAUGGGAAAAGAAGGACAAGGACGACGGCAAAGAGGAGGACAAGAUUAAGAUAUUGGAUGAAGGAGAUAUCGCCUUGUUGAAGACUUAUGGACAAGGACCAUAUGCCAAAGAAUUGAAGAAAAUUGAAGCCGAUCUAAAGGAUACUCAGAAACGUAUCAAUGAAAAGAUGGGCGUCAAGGAGUCUGAUACAGGAUUAUCACCACCUAACUUAUGGGACAUACCGGCUGACAAGCAACGAAUGUCGGAGGAACAACCACUUCAGGUGGCAAGAUGUACAAAGAUCAUAUCUGCUGGUGAAGGAGAAGACGCCAAAUAUGUCAUUAAUGUAAAGCAAAUCGCCAAAUUCGUCGUUGGAUUGGGUGAACGAGUUGCUCCAACUGAUAUUGAAGAAGGAAUGCGAGUUGGUGUCGACCGAAACAAGUAUCAAAUCCAAAUCCCACUCCCUCCCAAAAUUGAUCCAUCCGUAACAAUGAUGCAAGUCGAAGAGAAACCAGACGUAACAUACUCUGAUGUCGGUGGAUGCAAAGAACAAAUCGAAAAACUACGAGAAGUAGUCGAAUUGCCACUCUUACAACCUGAACGAUUCGUCAAUUUGGGUAUUGAUCCUCCCAAAGGUGUCUUGUUAUACGGACCACCUGGAACUGGAAAGACACUAUGUGCUCGUGCUGUCGCAAAUCGUACUGAUGCUACAUUUAUUCGUGUUAUUGGAUCGGAAUUGGUACAGAAAUAUGUCGGUGAAGGUGCUAGGAUGGUGAGAGAAUUGUUUGAAAUGGCUAGAACCAAGAAGGCUUGUAUCAUCUUUUUUGAUGAGGUUGAUGCUAUUGGAGGUGCUCGUUUCGAUGAUGGUGCUGGAGGUGAUAAUGAAGUUCAACGUACCAUGUUGGAACUCAUCAACCAGUUGGACGGAUUUGAUCCUCGUGGAAACAUCAAGGUGUUGAUGGCUACCAACAGACCUGAUACACUUGAUCCUGCCCUAUUGCGACCUGGUCGUUUGGAUCGAAAGAUUGAAUUCAAUUUGCCUGAUUUGGAGGGCCGUGCCAACAUCAUGCGAAUCCAUGCUCGAAGCAUGAGUGUUGAACGAGAUAUUCGAUAUGAAUUAUUGGCUCGUCUAUGUCCAAACGCUACUGGUGCUGAAUUACGCUCGGUUUGUACGGAAGCUGGCAUGUUUGCUAUUCGAGCGCGACGAAAGGUGGCAACCGAAAAGGACUUUUUGGAAGCUGUUGAUAAAGUCAUCAAGAGUUAUGCCAAAUUCUCAUCCACGUCUCGAUACCUUCUAGCAAUGUAA